AUGAAGUACAAAGCUUUUACAAUUGAACAACCUAAUUCCAACAAUCCACGCAUUCCUCCAUGUCAACUUGGACCCAAUCUCGCCAUGGGAAUCUCAAAGCUUGCCAACAUUGAUGUUGCCUUCCACAAUGUCAAGCUCAUGGCACAACAGUCGCCAUGUACACCACUUCGGCCAUCGUGUGUAGUCAAUGCUUACAAUGUACAAGGUAACCAGGGUUACGUUAUCCAUGCUUGCAACCAUAGGCUCACUACUCUUCUUACAAGAGGUGCAAACAAGGGGAAGCUACAACACGCCAAGGUGGACGCCAAAGAAGCCUGGACCACACUCAUUGAACUCUGUCAGCCAACGCCCUUUCGAAAUGGCAUGGGAACUCUCGUGGUGAUGUUUGUGAAUCAUCAUUGGCUUUGGUUCAAUUAUUCCAUAUCUAUGCAUGUAUGCCUCUUGCUUCUUGCGCGAUCAAGGCGAUGGUUUACGUUUAAGGAUGACUUGGGCCAAGCUCCCGAUACAAAAGGAUGUGGACAGGCUCUUCCCGAUUCAACAGGGUACAAAGGUGGCGACUAUUGGAUGACAUUCGCAAGGAAUAUGGCUGAAGGAUGUACCACAUGA